UUGUGAGUACAUCCAGAGGGCAUUCAGUUACCUGACAGCCUUUAUUUGUUCUUCCAGAUGGUAUAGUGUCUGCGCUUCUUGUUUCUAGUCGGACACGUAAGGGACGGAAACUAAACAGCCACGUAGUAAAAGGCGAAGCUCGCAGAAAGUGUUGUCUGCGUUCAGAAAUACUCCUGGAUACUGACAUGCUACCAUCCAGCUUGCCUCCUAAGGAGAUGGCUUUGUGAGACACUCUUUCCAAAGGCAUACCAGCAGUACUGUGACUGUUACAUUUCUUAAUGGAAGUGGAUACUAACCAGUCAGAGACAGCUCAGAUGGAGGAUAAUGCUUUUCAAGAAGACCAAGUUAUAAAAUCCAAAGGGACUGAUGCCCAACAGGGACUGGAGAAUACACAGAACACUAAAGGGGAAAUUCAUAAUGGUCCUGUCAGUUCAGAUGUGAUGCCACUUGGAAACGGUCUAGCAGAGGGCUUCGGUGCUGCAGGGGACACCCUUCUAAAUGGGUCCCUGCCUCCGACAGCUCCUCCCCUGAGCACCAGCUCCCCUGUCAACUGGCAGACCCAAGAGCCCUCCCAAGGUGUGGCUCCUUAUCAACCCAUGAUGCUAGAGAAGGCUGAGGGGGCUAGUGCUGAGGUCACGGUUCACAAGGGUGAAGCAUUGCAGUCGCUCAGACUCAGUAUGCCUAUGCAGGAGACAGAACUGUCCCACCAGAAGCCAUCGCUGGAGAUGGAAAAUGAGGAGAAGAUUCGCUUGGAGGCUCGCCGGCGUCUGGAGGAGCAACUCAAACAGUACAGAGUGCAGAGACAUAAGGAGAGGUCUCACCGCAACACAGCCAAGAACAGACCAUUCAGUACCCUGGAUCCGGAACUUAUGUUGCAUCCUGAGGCACUCCCCAGGGCCAACACCGUUGCCAUGACCAAGGAGUAUUCCUUCCUGAGGACCAGUGUCCCACGCGGUCCCAAACUUGGUAGCCUGGGAAUUCCCCCUCCCAAGGAGAGGAAGUCCAGAUCACCUCGUCCCAGCAAGAUCCACUCCUUAGCUGACUAUAAGGCUCCUGAGAAUGAUGGUGGAGGUGUUAGUGGAGGAGGUGGUGUAAAGAUGGCAGAUAACACCAUUAGCUCCAUCCAGUCCACCAUUAGCUCUGUGUCCACACUGUCAGAGGUCAGUGUGAUGUCAGAGUACCCCACCUGUGAGACGGAGGCACAGCCCUGUGCUUCGAUCCAAGUUGGAGACAACGUGUCAGAAAUUGAUGGCAGUGAAUCAGGAACGAGACCGGGGAAUGAUGGCAACGACAGUGACAGCUCCUCUUAUAGCAGUGUGUCUACCAGGGGAACCUACGGUAUGCUCUCUGCAGCGGUGGAAAGACAGCGAGGGCCGUACACAGUGGAGGGGAGGGAGAUUGCUCCUGAGGCCAUGGGCCAGUUCCCCUCCUUACAGGAAGUGCUGCAGGCAGCCAGUGAAGAGCAACACCUGCUGGAGCUGGAGCAGGAGAGAGAAGGGACAGCGGAGCCUCGCAGCCGCAGGGACAGCUUCUCUAGCAGUGUUUCUUUGGAGAGUUCUGUCAUGGGCCACGAUGAAAUGCUCCAAGUACUAAAAGAGAAAAUGAGACUUGAAGGCCAGCUGGAGUCCCUGUCAUCUGAAGCCAAUCAGGCUCUCAAGGAGAAGACAGAGCUUCAGGCCCAGCUUGCUACAGUGAAUGCACAGCUUCAGGCUAAAAAAGAGGAGGCUCAGGUCAGCCAGGAGAAGCAGAGCGUCCUCACUACGGAGGUUGGCACACUGCGACAAAACUGCAGCCAGCUAGAAAAGGCCAUGGUGGAGCUCCAGGGCAGUCUGGAGAGCAAGAAUGCCAGUCUGGCUUCUCUAAGCAAUGACCUGAAGGUUGCCGAAGACCAAUACAACAGGCUGAUGGGGAAGAUGGAGGAAAUGCAAAAUACUGUAACUUCGAGGGACAAUACAGUCCUGGAGUUGCGUCAGCAGAUGGGUGGUCUACAGAGCCAGCUUCAACAGGUGCAGCUAGAGCGCAGCACCCUGCAGAGCCGACUAAAGACCUCCCAGGCUGAGAUUGAUUCACUCCAGCAGGUCAGACAGUGGUACCAGCAGCAGCUAGCACUAGCCCAGGAGGCAAGAGUGCGACUGCAAAGUGAAAUGGCCAACAUGCAGGCUGGACAGAUGACUCAGAUUGGUGCUCUGGAACAUCUGAAGCUGGAAAAUGUGACACUGUCACAUCAACUUACUGAAACCCAACACCGCUCCAUCAAAGAAAAAGAGCGUAUUGCUGUUCAGCUGCAAAGCAUUGAGGCUGACAUGCUGACGCAAGAAGCUGCUUACAAGCAAAUCCAGGAUGCAAAGACCAUGGUGGAAGAUGACCUGCAGCACAAACUGGAAGAGUUUGAGGAAGAGCGAGACCGCUUAAUAAAACUGGCUAACACAGCCAGCACCCUAGAGAGGGAACUAGAGCAGGUAAAGCUGACCCUUUCCCAGAAGGAUGUGCAGCUGCAGACACUUCAGAAAGAACAUCUGGAGCUGAUGCGGCAGCUGACGGCCACUCAGGAGAACCUACACACCAAAGAGCAGGCCAUCAACCAACUAGAGGCUCGAUACCUGGAGCUGGAGGCCCAGCUGGCUGAGCUGCAGACAGAAAGCAGCGCAAAGGAUGACAACAUCCAGUACCUCCAGAAUGAGAAAAUUGUCCUGGAGGUAGCGCUGCAGGCAGCCCGCGCUGACAAGAGCCAACUUGACGAGGGCGCUGAGCGGCUUGGAGAGGAUGUUCUGGUGGCCUCAGAUGUCUUGGAUCAACUCAGACAAGAAGUCCAAGUCAAAGCCAAUCAGAUUGAAACCCUACAACAAGAGAAUAAUUCCCUGAAGAAACAAGCUCAAAAAUUGAAGGAGCAGUUCCUGCAACAAAAGGUGAUGGUGGAAGCAUAUCGCCGAGAUGCCAGCUCCAAAGACCAGUUGAUCAGUGAGCUCAAGUCCACCAAGAAGCGUCUGUUGGCGGAAGUGAAGGACCUGAAGCAGGAGGUGCUGGGUGUUCAGGGCGAGAGGCAGAAGGCAGAGCUGGAGCAGGCCCGGUUGCAGAAGGAGGUCGUGAGAGUCCAGGAACAGAUGAGCAACAUGGAAGCCCAUCUGCAAGUCAUUCAGACAGAAAGGGAUCAGCUAGAAACCCAGAUUCAGUCUCUACAGUUUGAUCAGAGCCAACUCGCAGCAGUGACACAAGAGAAUGAGGGCUUAAGGAAGCAGGUGGAGCAAAUGGAAGGAGAAGCCAAAAAAGCCAUCUCGGAGCAGAAGGUGCGCAUGAAGAGGCUUGGAACAGAUUUGACCAGUGCUCAGAAGGAGAUGAAGGCCAAACACAAGGCCUAUGAGAAUGCCGUGGGCAUCCUGAGCAGGAGGCUCCAGGAGGCUUUGACUGACAAGGAGACAGCAGAGGCAGAGCUGGUCAAACUCAAGGCCCAGGUGUCAGAUGGGGGAAACAGCCAGGCCUUACAGGAGAAGAUUAAGGCCCUGCAGGCUGAACUGCAGGCUGUGACCAACAGCAAAACAAUGCUAGAGAAGGAGCUGCAGGAAGUGAUCACUCUCACCUCUACAGAACUGGAGGAGUACCAGGAGAAAGUUCUGGAGCUUGAGGAUGAGCUUCAAGAGUCGCGCUGCUUCAAGAAGCGGAUCAGAAAGUUAGAAGAUGCCAACAAGAAGUUAGCACUUGAACUGGAACACGAAAAAGGGAAACUGGUUGGACUAGCACAGUCCCACAAUACAUUGCGGGAGCAUGCCAACAUUUUGGAGACUGCCUUAGCAAAGAGAGAAGCAGAUCUUGUUCAGCUCAACUUGCAGGUUCAAGCUGUUCUGAAGCGUAAAGAGGAGGAGGACCAGCAGAUGAAGCAAGUGGUACAAAGUCUACAGCUUGCUUUGGAAAAAGAGAAAACCAAAGUCAAGGAUCUUAAAGAACAGGUGGCAGCAGCAAAAGCUGAGGCGGCCCACAAUAGACGGCAUUACAGGGCAGCCAUGCUGGAACUGUCGGAGAUCAAAAAGGACUUGCAGGCCAAAGAGGACCUGGUCAAAGCUCUGCAGACUGAAGCCCACAAACUACAAGCUCAGGAUGAGCAGCAUGCUCAGGAGGUUUCCAGGUUCCAAGAGGAGCUGGCAGAGGCUCACUCCCAGCUCCAGAUCCUGCAGAAACAACUAGAUGAGGAAAUGGCCAAGCAGCCCCUGACUAACCAAGAGGUUGAGGAUCUGAAGUGGGAGGUGGAGCAGAGGCAGAGGGAGAUUGAGGCCCAGAAGCAGCAGCUGGAGAUGAUGGAGCAGUGCCACCACAGGGAGCUGGACAACCUACAGACAGCUCUGCAGAACAUCAAGGUGGAGCUGGAGUCGGUGCAGGAGGAGCUGAGCGGCACCAGGAAGGAUAAGUUUAUGUUGCAGGCCAAAGUGGGUGAGCUGAGAAACAGCAUGAAGACGGUCCUGCUGCAGAAUCAGCAACUCAAGCAGGACCUCAAACAGAGUCGUCUAAGGAAGCAGCGCAUGGAGCUCAAGAGUGAGGGGAACCCAUCCAACCCAGUGACACCAGUUAAGAUUCCAGACUGCCCAGUGCCUGCUUCCCUGCUGGACGAGUUGCUGAAACCGUCAACUUCUGUCAACAAGGAGCCACUCAACAAUCUGCACAACUGUCUACGGCAGCUCAAGGAGGAGAUGGACAGCCUCCAAAAGCAGAUGGAAGAACACACAGUAACAGUACAUGAGUCAAUGAGCUCAUGGACAAACACAGAGGAGGGACUGGCUCUUCAAAACAACAUCUCCAAAUCAUCAGCAGCGCUAAAUAACAUGGAAAAUAACAAUGAAGUGGAACAGCAGCAAUCAUAACAAAAUAACUUUUCUCAGGCCAAUAGAGAGAGAGUGGAAUUUUAUCCACAAAGGCACUUUUUAGCCCCUUAUUCCCUUUCUCUUUUCUUAACAAUUGCUGCCAACAUUUGGCAUUUCUCCCAUCAGCACAAAAGUGCUUUCGCAGAGUAAUACUUUCUAUACCAUAGCUUUAUUUCUCUCCUCAUUAUUUGGUGGUUGUUUAUAUUUGUGUUUUGUCACACUUAUUUAUUUAGAGUUACGAAAUUACAACUUUUCAUUUGAUAAGCCUCUCCAAGAGGAUGCCCCAUGUUCAGUUUUGUUAUCAUAGAUACAGAUAUGGUCUAGCUGUUAAGUCUUAGGGCCAAUUCUUCCCUGUUAAGUCAGCAUUUUUCCUCACUAAAUCAAAGUUAGUCACUUUCCUCCUCCACUACAUUAAAUCAGUGGCUUUGAUGCUGCUUAAUGAUGGCUGACAUAAUUUCAAAAGUGUUGUGGGUGACAGAAUGAAAAAACGACGAGUCUGUCACCAGACUGGCUAUGUCCUGGUCUUCCAUUUAUUUGUGCCUGUAUGCGAGUGAAGUCGCUCAUCUAUUAUUUAACUGACAGGGUUACACAUCCACGUGGUGUCUAAGCAGCUUGUGAUGAAACGUUAUUACUCCUGUUCAUGAAGUCUUGCACAAUUGCGGUCAGUUAUUUUGAAUUGCCUCAUGAUAAAAUGCAGUGUUUCUGACAUUUGCUCUAACUGAUAUCACCCUGCGUUCUUAAAAACAUUCAUCUCAGUUAUGUUUGUCUGGCAUGGACUGCAGUAAUUUGUACACAAAAAAAAGCCUUAAGCAAUUUUUAAUAAGCUGUAAAGGACUAUGUUGUUUCGGAUGAGUGUAUUCUGCUGAGGGUGAGUGCAAGAUGUGAUAUGUUAUAUAUUGUAUAUGUGUGCAGAUCCUCACUGGAGAAUUGUUUAUUGUUAAAUAUGUGGAUCACAUCAGCUGACAUUGCACACUAGCUGAUCGAACUGACUCUGAGAGAAAAUUGUAAGAAGACACAGAAAAAGUUACUACUUCUAAUAACAGCAGGUGCAUCAGAUGUGUUUGUUUUCUGUUGUUACUUUUGGUACAUAAUGUAUUUACAAAAAAAGACUAACCCUGGAUCACAUGUUGUUGUUGAACUCUGUUUCAUGGGUAAUGGGAUAAGUUAAUUGUUUCCAGAGGUUAAUAUAUACAUACACUUCCUUUUUUUGUAUGAUUGUAAAUUGAUCAUAACUGUUUAAUAGUGUAAAGAAGAUGAAAUACAAGAUAUCAAAUGCAAACCAUAAGUCGGAUAGUAAUUCUGUUACAACUGUACUAAAGUUUCGUUGUAGAAUGAUAAUUGGAUGGUACAGCAGCUUUCUGCAUGCAGUUGUGCUGCAGCUGCUGUGAUGGUGCUCAUUCUCACACUAUUUUUUUUUAUUACUAUUGUAUGCUUAAGAAUUUCCAAAGGGACAAUAAAUAUGAGGAGAAUGCUAACUGAAGCAAAUAACAGCAAAUGUAUUGAUAUACUGUAUUCUGCAAAAAAAAAAAAAUCUUUUGGGCUGUAUCCUCUAUGCUUAAACUUUGCUGUAUUUUAAUUUAAUUUUAUUUUAUUUUCAAAGAUUGGAAUUCAUUUCUGAUAUAACAUUUGUGUUGGGAGAUGUGAUUGUAUUUAUCAUAAAAUUGCACUAUUCAUCCGCCA